AGGACAAGACUGUAUGGCUUAUGCACCAUCUAGUUAAAGAAUGAACACGGAACACCCCUAGUUUAGUUUGUUUGACCAACUAUAUAAACGACUUAUUUUUAAUUUGCCGGCGCCUCCUUCUUCUCUGUGUUUCAUCCUGCAUUGAAUUAGGGCACGCCCUUAUCUUUCGCGCCGAAAGCACAGCACCCUCCCUUCACCGCCAUUUGCAAUAUCAUUUGUUUCAAGAGGAUACACUGUUGCACGAUGGCUCUUCGUUUUGAGAUUCUCGGGAGGUUCAAUCGUGCUCGUGCAGCCCGGCUAACUCUCCCUCACUUUGUUUGUGAGACACCGCUAUUUAUGCCCGUUGGAACACAAGGGACAAUAAAAGGUUUGACCACCAACCAACUUGAGGAUAUUGGAUGCCAAAUUAUACUCGGAAAUACAUAUCAUUUAGCACUCCGUCCGACUUCUGAGCUUAUAGAUGAAUUAGGUGGUCUUCACAAAUUUAUGAACUGGCCUAGGGCGCUUCUCACCGAUUCUGGUGGUUUUCAGAUGGUCUCGUUAUUGCAUUUAGCUGAUAUCACUGAAGAAGGUGUCACGUUUCAGUCGCCAGUUGACGGAAAGCCAAUGCUCCUAACACCUGAAGAAUCAAUCCAAAUCCAAAACAGAAUUGGAGCAGACAUUAUUAUGGCUCUUGAUGAUGUGGUGAAAACCACAAUUACAGGUCCUCGUAUUGAAGAAGCUAUGUAUCGCACUUUGCGUUGGAUAGACAGAUGCAUAGCAGCUCAUAAGAGACCAAAAGAGCAGAAUUUAUUUGGAAUUGUACAAGGUGGUUUAGAUCCAGUCUUAAGGGAUAUAUGUGUUCAAGGUUUGGUGGAGAGAAAUUUGCCUGGCUAUGCGAUUGGUGGCCUUGCUGGCGGUGAAGAUAAAGAUUCAUUUUGGCGUGUGGUUGCGCAAUGCACUGCUUCACUUCCUGAAAGCAAACCCCGUUAUGUUAUGGGUGUUGGCUAUCCACUUGAUAUUGUAGUUUGCAGUGCUUUGGGUGCCGACAUGUAUGACUGUGUAUAUCCUACACGUACUGCUCGAUUUGGUACUGCUCUUGUGCCCGAGGGGGUUUUAAGACUUAAACACCAGUCAAUGGCUGAUGAUACCCGACCGAUUGACUCAACAUGCGAGUGUAUGGUUUGCAAAAACUACACAAGGGCCUAUCUUCACUGCCUUGUUACAAAAGAUGCUAUGGGUUCUCAACUUUUAUCUUAUCACAAUUUGUACUAUAUGAUGCAGCUUAGCAGAAAUCUUCAUUCAUCAAUCAUAGAAGGAACAUUUCCAAAAUUUGUAUGUGACUUCUUAACGAAAAUGUUUCCUGAGGGUAAUGUUCCUGAAUGGGUCUGCAAUGCCAUGGAGGUUGCUGGUAUUGACAUCUCAUCAUGUUGUACCCCUUUAAAUACAAAGCCUAACAUACAUGCUUCAAGUGGAUAACUUGUACCUCAAGUCAUUACACUAAAUAUAUGCAGCAUAAAUUUUGUAACUUAUAUGCUGCUAUACAAAUAUACAUUCAAAUAGGCCCAAUAUGACUUCCCAUGUUGGUUAGGUUGAUUAUUGAUAUAUUUUCUUAAAAACUAACUAGGAUACUAACUUUACUUACCUGUAUCCUCUCCAUUUUGACAUGAUUUCUAAUAUUAUUGAACAUUUAUAUUA